ACAAAAACAACACACAAAAAAAAAAAGAAAAGAAAAAGGAAAAAAUCGUGCUGCAGGAGAAAGGAGAGUGAACGGAUAGAGGAAACUAAAUGCGAAUGGUGGAUAUAAAAUAUUGGCGCACAAUUUAAUACAUCAUUCCGACCAUGAUGAUACGUACUUUGGGAUGGGCCUCCUGGCGCCGCCCCAUUCUUGUGGCAGGCAACAUCAACAACAUUGAUGGAGACUUUAAUUAAAUAACAUUUGCCACUAAAAACUAAAAUACAACAAGAGCGAGAAAGAGAGAGAGAGACGGAGAUAGUAAUGCCGCAUCGAAACGCGCAAUUCCUUUAAGGAUUACAAAUGAGGGUGCCAACAAAACGAAAGAAAAAAAUCUAUUACAUAGCCAACAACAACAACAACAACAACAGUAACGACAACAACAACAACUACCAACAGGUUCACCGCCUAAGCAUCAAAAGCAAUUCAUAGAAAAACCCACCCACCCCCCGACCCACCAGCGCCAGGCUCUCCGCUUCCCGCCCUACAAAAAGAAGAUAAAAACACAACAACAACAACAACAAAAAAAACCAUCAACUGCAACUGCAACGUAACUGGCAAGUGCAACAGCAGAAAAAGUUAGCCCCAAACCGAUCGACCGACCAAACGAACUACUUGGGCACCAACCGAAACAACAACCAAACAACAACAACAACAACAACAGCAGAAAAAGAAGCGAAAAGGAGAAACAGCAAAAUGUUACAAAACUCAAAUUCAGCAACAACAGCAGCAGCAGCAGUGGCAACAGCAACAGCAACGGCAACGGCAACAGCAGCGACGCCAAGCACAGCAGCUGCUGCAGCAGCGGCUGCCAAUAAUGCGGCAAUUGCCGCCUCAUCCAUCCAACCGAAGUUGGUUGUAAUACGAAGGCGUCCGAAUCAGGGUUUCGGUUUUACGCUACGUCAUUUUAUUGCCUAUCCACCGGAAGAUGAUGCAGCCGCUGCUGCCGCAGUCGCUGUUAAUGCUGCUGCUGCUGCUGCUUGGACACAGGAAGCGGCAUCAGGCGGUGGCAACAGCAACGGCAGCGUCAGCGGCGGAGGCAUGGAUCCAACGUCACCAACAUCGCCGCAGCAGCAGCAACAGCAACAGCAGCCAUCAUACCAAGUGAAAGCGAUGGAGACCAUUUUCAUCAAAGAGGUGCAAGCGAACGGACCGGCACACUAUGCCAAUCUCCAGACGGGCGAUCGUGUGCUGAUGGUGAAUAGUACGCCCAUAGCUGGCAUUGCCUAUAGCACAAUUGUAUCGAUGAUUAAACAGACGCCAGCGGUGCUUACGCUGCACGUUGUGCCCAAGGAAUGCGAUGUACUUCAAAUGCACUAUACAAGCAUUGCCCAUACACCAGAAUCGAAUCGGCAUUCACAUUCACCAUCCCUUAUGGUCAAUGGUUCGGUAGCCGCCAGUCACAUAAUAUCCUCAACAUUUCCACAGCAGCAACAGUUGAUCUCAUAUCCCACUGCUGUUGUUGCUGCCUCGCCACAUGAUCAUGCCCCAACUGCUACUGCUAUCGUUCAUGGUGGAGGUGGAGGUGGAGGCAGUCGGUCUGGCAGCAUAACAAGUAAUGCCAGUGGAGGAUCAAUCAGUCAACAGCAACGUCAUCCAUCCCUUGCCGGUUCGGGUGGCAGCAGUAGCAUUGAUUUUGGUGACAUGGCCCAUGCUGGUCUGCGGCAGCAUCACCAUCAUUUGCAUCAGCAACAUUUGCAGCAGCAACAUUUGCAGCAUCAGCAGCUCGUCUCCACCGGCUUUAUGCGUGCCAAUCAGCCGCCGAACUUAACAGUAUUAGCUAGUUCUACAACGCCGAGAACAACGACGCCAACGCCAACGCCAACUACCACGCCCACAAUACGCCAACCAAAGUUGCAACAGCAGCAACAGCAACAGCAACAACAACAACAACAACAACAACAGUUGAAUCAACAGGCCUUGUAUGUGGCAAAUGCUGGUGGAUUGAGUGGAGGUGAAAAUAGUGACCUAAUGAUUCGUUUACGCGAAUCGAUUAAACAGAAAGAGGAAUUCCUCAAAUCGCCAGUACCCAGUAACGGAUCACCAGGCAAUCAACAGCAACAGCAGCAACAGCAGCAACAGCAGCAACACCAGCAACAACAACAACAACAUUUCUUUCCUACAACUUCAACAGUACACAAUCAAUUUCCAGCACAACCGGCGCUACCGCCACGAGGACGCCAACAGCAGCAACUGCAGCAAGCAGCAAUUCUUAAGCAUCAGCAACAACAACAACAACAACAACAGGUUGUUCUUGCCGGUUACGAUAUGUACUAUGCUGGAGGUAAACUUGUUCAAAGAUCCUCGGCUCCUGUACAGGGCUCAUCCACAUUGGCAUCAGCAUCACAACAUCGUCAGACAGUUGGCCAAAAUUAUGCCAAAGAUUUGGAUUAUUUUGAGACCACAUUGCAGGAGACGGGCGUAACCAACAAAGUAUUUGAACGUAAAUUGGUUUCACAUAUGUCCAAGGGUUUUGAUCCCUUUAAGCCAUUGUCCAUCAAUACGAAUAGUGCAUUAGAUGCAACAACAACAGCAACAACAACAGGAGGGGGAACAGCAGCAGCUACAAUGUCAUCGACUGUAAAGAAACAAAGUGUUCUCUAUGAAUCACUGCAACAGCAUCCAUUGCAUCAAGUCCAUUCAAGAUAUCAGCAUCAGCAUCAAAUGCAACAGCAAUCCAAUACAGUCACAGAUGGGCAAACCAGCAGCCGUAUGGAAUUGCAUAAGGCGACAUUGGCUAAAGCCACCAUUGAACCAGCAUCCUUGGCAAGCAAGUUUAGCUCUUUGCCAGAACAAAGUGAAGAUUUGGGAGGUGAAUUGCUGCAAUCGCGAACUGCUGCGGUGGUGGAUACAACAAUUACAACAUCAACGGCCACUGGCAAUGUGGUGCGUCGCUAUAAACCUCUGACAUCCAGCUCCUUUGAUGAGAGUAAACCUAUGCGUAGGAUUUCGUAUCUACGAGCCACCAAUAAUGAAGCAGACUUUAAUGCUGACACAACAACAACAACAGCAGUCUCGAGCACAACAACAACAAAUCCAGAGGCAUCAACAGCAGCAGCAUCAUCUUCAUCUGUUCCCUCUGUUAUUGCUCCUGCUCCAGUUCCUUCUACCGCAGCGACUGUCAUAGAGCCAGCAAAGACAAAGGCAUUGGUUGAGGAGCAUCCAGAUCCACCUAUUUAUGAUGUAAUUCCUGGUUGUGGCAGCACUGGCGGUGGCCAUGAAUUCAUUGAGACGCCCAAUGGUCUGGAGGAUGUGCGUCUCUCGGCCCAUGGGAAUAGUCGACGUGCCUCCAUGAGCAGUGACUUACGCAGCAGCAUUCAUAUUGAUGCUGAACUAAAUGGCGGCAAGUAUAUACCAAAUGAAUUGGAGGCCUUUGAAACGGAAAUCGAGAUCAAAUCGUCAUGUAUCAAUGGCAAGCGCAUGUCUGAAUAUCGUUCGUGGCGCCAGGUCAAACUCGAGAUUAAGGGGGAUUUGUUACGCAUCUAUUCUGGACGUCACACCAAAUCGGAGCAUAAUGUCGUCGAGCUUGACAUAAGAAAUUUCAAAUUCUUUGAUGAGUCAUUGGAUAAAAAGAAAUUUCUUAUUCGCAUGCAAUCCAAACCCAGUUCAGGCAAUGCCCAUUUGGCCACCCUGGGCAAUGAGCUCAAUCUGGAUGAUGGGCCAGAUAAAAUGGCCAAUUAUAGUGGUGGUCCGGCCGAGUCAAUUGCAAGCAAUACGACGGCAACCACCGGAAGUAGUAGCAGCUGCAGCACCACCAACACAACCACUUGUGGUCCCUAUACAGAGAUUCUGUUCAAGACAAAGAGCAGCACCGAGAUGAAACGUCUGUUUGGUUUACUCCAGUGGAAGGAUAGCCUCAAUUUUGAGACGCAAGAGACACCGCCGGCUGGCAAACAGUUGGCCGAACCGCAAAAGACAGCAGCCACCGCAAGCUAUUUGGACGAGUCGGCAGCCGGAGUUGGUGGAGCUGGCGCAGAUAGCUCUCCCUUGAGCUCACAUUCGGGUGGCAUGGAGGUUCUGCCAGCUGCUGCAGCUUUGGUGGCAGCCACCAGUGAUUCCAUAUCACCCAUAAUGAAGGCCCGCAAGUCCUCAUCCCACAAGCAUCUACCCGACAAGGAUUUGGGUUCCCCCAAAUCGAAGAAUUGGAAGGAUUUACUCUUUCGACGUGGUGGCGGGGGCGGCGGUGUAGCUCAUGGCAGCAGCGGCGGCGAACUUACCUCACCGUGCACGGUAAAGGCAGGCAGUAGUUGUGGUUCUAUUGGACAGCCGUUGCGUAGUUGUCCCAUGUCCAAAUUGAAUCCAUAUCUACCCCAUCUCGUGGAGGUGUGCACCAAUAUUGUGGAGACAAAGGGACUGGGCGUUGUUGGUAUUUAUCGCAUUCCCGGGAAUAAGGCAGCGAUAUCCGAACUCUCGGAAUUGGUCAACACAAAAGAUUUCCAAUUUGAGAGCUGUGCCAACGAUGUGCGAUGGGAGGAUGUGAAUGUGGUUAGCAGUUUGCUAAAACUUUUCAUACGCAGCCUGCCGGAUGCUCUGAUGCCGGCCAGUUUCUACAUCAAUUUCAUUGAGGCGGACAAGAAGUUCGGUCUGGAGAGGAUUGUGCUGUUGCGUGAGAUUGUCGAGUCGUUGCCGCGUCAUCCGUAUGAGACAAUGAAACAUUUGAUACGACAUCUGUGUCGGGUCAGUGACAAUUGUGAGGUGAAUCGCAUGGAGCCUAAAAAUUUGGCCAUCAUCUUUGGCCCAUCGAUCAUAAGGACACCGAACGAUACCUUGGAAACGGCUGUCAAGGAUAUGAAGCAUCAGUGUCGUAUUGUUGAGCUUCUGGUAACACAGUAUGAAUACUUCUUUGAGGGCGGCUCCUUGCCAGAUGUGUCUGAGGUGGCUGGUGCUGCGGCUAGUGCCAGUCCCGCACAGCCAGCACAAUUGCAAGAGGAUCAGACAAAUAUGCUAUUGCAUAAUCUCUCCAAGAUCGAGAGGAUAACGGAAAGGGAGACACGCGCCUCGCGCUUCAUACCCCAGUUGAGAAGACGGACACAUGGCAAACGUAGUGCAGUCAACUCGGACACAUAUUCCGGCGAAAGUGUAUUGUCCUUGGACUAUACCAAGGUUUCGGCCAGCAGCACAACAAGCAGCAGCUCCAGCAAGACCACUACCAAAUUUAGCUCAUCCGCCUCAUCGUCAUCGUCCACCAAUAAUACGACAAGCAAGUCGACCACCCUAAAGACGACCACACGCAGUGGCCUGGGGGUGGCAGGAUCGAGCAAGAAACAACCCAUGCGCAAGGCCAGUCUGGAUGAAAAGGAUUCGGCCAGUGUAGAUUCUGUGGAACAACAGCCACAGCAAAGAACCAGUGUAGAUAUCUCGAUCCUUCUAACCGAUGAUGACUCAAGCAGUCGACUAAGUGAUACGGGCUCAAUGUCAUUGACCACGAUCACUGACACCCUGGACAGUAAGCUGAGAAAUUUACGCAGCGGCUCCGAAUCGAAUGAUGAGAAUGGCUCACCAGAAUAUCCAAAGAAUCGUCGGCAUACACUUGGCCAACCUCUACACUUGCACUCUGAGAACAUUCCCUAUGCGGAUGAGUCGCCCGAGCGUCUAUUCCAUCAAUUUCAUCCCCUGGAUGCACCGCACUCCAUGCUCUUGAGUCGCUCUUGCACAGCCACCAAUAUGCUGGAUGAAAAGACAUCUGCAGGAGCCUUGGCAGGAGGUGUGGGAGGAGCCCAAGGCUGUAUGGUGAAACCAAUUGUGGCACCACUUCAAUUACCCGCUAGCCUCAUUAAGGCGGCACACAAACUUCAGCAUUCGGCUACUGUGCCCAUACACCAGGGCAGCUCCACAGCGCCGGCAAGUGGAGCGGCUACACCCACCGCUAGCGCCUCCAAUCAGCAACGUAGUUCAGCCUCCGCAUCUGCAUCCAUUUCAGCUUCCACAGUAACCAUUUCCAAUUCGUACAGCAGCAAGAAUCUACAUUUGAGAUUUACCAGCAGAGGAAGUGGUGGAGGUGGCAAUGGAGGAGGAGGAGGAGGAGGAGGCGGCGGUGGAGGAGGAGGAGGAGGUGGAGGUGGUGCCGCUUCUGAUGAUGAUUCUGAAGGAUCCACGACAAGCGAUCCUAAAGAGAAACUUUUGCUGGUCGCCGAUCGUCCAUCGCCGUCGCCGUUUUUUCUCGAGCGCUACAAUAAAAAGCGUCGGGAUCGGGAUCAUCAUCGACUCUUUCGAAGUGCCAGCUUCAAUUGUCGCAACUACUCCUCAUCCAGCCACAAUAGGCACAUGUCCGCCACAUCAGCAGCGGCCCCAACAACAGCAGCAGCAGCAGCAGCAGCCACAACUUGCUGCUCGCCAUCAAAUUCCGCCUGCACUUCCACUUCCCUGCCUACCAGCGGCCUGACAAAGGACGAAAAGACUGACAUGAAUCUGACCAAGAAACGUCAGAUUCAAAACAAGCAGAAUCGAUCCAUCAAGCGAAGGCAUACGGUAGGCGGACCCCAUGAUUAUUCGGCCAACAAUUGUCAGAGAUUAGCGGCCGGACACGAUCGUGAUCAUCACCUGGCCGCUGCCAUUAACUACAAUCACCACAAUCGCCACCACCAGCAACAACUGUUGAAGCAAGGUGGUGCCAAUGGGCCGGCGGCGGCGGAAACAACGACCACCACCACAACGACAACCACCGUAAUGCGGCGUCUCAAUGGAUCGGGCAGUGUGGCGGGAGCAGGUGGCUCUAGUGAUGGGAAUGUGGGCUCACCUUCCGCCUGCAGUUCCUCCAAUGUCAGCAAUAACAAUAAUUCACCCCAAAGCGAUGGCAGCAAUGGCAAUGGCACCUCCAACGGAUCGGCAGGUGGCUCAUCAUCUGUGGGCAGUGUUGGCAGCGGCGGCGGCACCACCAGCAGUAGCAGCAGCAGCAGCAGCAAUGUAGUAACCACUACCACAGCCAAUGACCAGGUCUUGGAGGUGGGCAUACGUAUUAAGAAUAUCAAUCGAGGGCGCUAUUAAAAACAAAAAACAAAUCUAGAGAAAUAUGAAAACUAGAAAAGAAAAAAUUAGAAUACUUAGAAUAGUAUUAAAGAGAAAGAGGGAAGGAUAGAAACAAAGAAAGAGAGGGAGAGAGAUUGACAGAGAGAGAGAGAGAGAGGAAAAACUGUAUUGAUAUAUCUAACAAUCAUCAGCAUGCAUCGAGUAUAUCUACAUUAUUUGUGCCCUUUCCUUGUAAUUCCCCAAAAACUAAAUUGAGGUUUUUUCGACUCAAGUGAUUGGAUCACAUGAUUAGACAACAAAAAAGUAUUUCAUAAAUGAUGAAUUUAAUGUAUGUAUAUUGUUGUUGGUUUGUCCAUGAAUUUUGGAAUCCGAAUGUAUUGCAAAUUAGAUACUAAGAUUGGCACCAGCUGCCCCCUCCCCUCCCCUACCUAACAUUUCUUCAUCAUGAUGAGAAAAGUGUAUAGAAAACCCAAAAGAAAGAUCUCCUUCACAUUGAGAAAGUUCUAACAAGGUGAAUAAUUUUCGGAUAUAUUCAUUCUCAUUCUAUGUUCAUUUCAAAAUUUCUCCAAAUUGAUGAAAUCAAUAUGUAUAACAACAAAUUUGAACAAAUUUAACCAAAAUUUGUUCUAAAGUAGCACAAAAUCUGUUAAAGACACAACUUUCAAAUGAGUUUAUAGCGAGCAAACAUACAAUACAUACAUAAUAUAUAUACCGAUAUAUAUAUAUAUAUAC